GCAUCCCAGCGCGCUCAACAACAUCCCUCAACCCUUCAUUUCCCUCCGUGCCGAUGCAACCAGGUGUGUAGCACGGCGUCGCUGCGUCACUACCCGCGCCACCUCUUCCCGCUACCCUGCAUGUGUGCAAUGCGUGAUGAUCGAGUGAUGGGUUUCCCCGCGCUGCUGGCCAAGCCCGUUCAUCCCGCCUCCACCUCUAGAGGCUGCCGAUCUGCGUCGGAAGGGGAAAAGGCGGCGACAACGAUCGCCAAAACAUGUGCUGAGCGGGUCGCCAAGUUGCCUUCAAUUGCCAUCGUCCCACACACGGCGGGUUUAAUAAAGACCCAGUGGCCCUGCCGUUUCGCCAUUCGUUUCCCAAGGUAAUUCGAUCCUCUCUCUUGUUUCCCUUCCCAUCUCGUCAGCAUGUCCGCCAAGGCUAGUGAAGACGUCGAGAAGCAUCCGGCUUCUGAGUACAUCGAUCAUGAGGAGAAGGUCGAUGGAAAGACGGAGGUGUCCGCCUUCGUGCCGCCCACGCCGGCGGAGGAGAAGGCGGUCAUUCGAAAGCUGGACUACCGUCUGAUUCCAUUGGUCUUUCUGCUUUACAUGCUCUCCGUCUUGGAUCGGAGCAAUCUGGGGAACGCAAGGCUUGCCGGGCUGGAGAAAUCGAUCAAUCUUGGCGGAAAUCACUACCAACUGCUCGGCACCGUCUUCUACAUCUCCUACAUCGUCUCGCAAUGGCUGCUGAUGGGAUGGAAACACUUCAAGCCGCACAUCUGGUGCUCGGCGGUCGUGCUUAUCUGGGGCUUCAUCGCCUCCAUUCAAGCCGCCGUGACUUCUUGGGGAGGCUUGGUAGCUUGCCGAUGGUUCCUUGCCAUGGCUGAAGCCGCCUAUGGCCCUGGUGUGCCAUUCUACUUGACCUUCUUUUAUCCGCGCGAUAAAGUUGGCUUUCGACAUGGUGUUUUCAUCGCCGGAGCGGCCAUGGCCAAUGCAUAUGGAGGAGCGUUGGCAUAUGGCAUCACUCACAUCCACGGAUCCUUGGCUCCCUGGCAAAUCCUCUUCCUCAUUGAAGGCCUUCCGACCUGCCUCUUUGCCGUCGUUGCCUUCUUCUUCCUGCCUGACAGCAUCGCUCAAGCCAGCUUCUUGAACGAGCGAGAGAAGGAGAUUGCGUACCACUUUGUCGCUAGGAACCAGAGACUGGAUGUCGAGAAGAACCAAGGCCUGCGCUUGAAGGAGGUGAUUGAAGGCUUGAAAGAUCCCAAAUCCUUCAUCCCAGGCUUGAUGUACUUUGGCUGCAAUGUGUCCUUCGCCUCCCUGCCCCUUUUCCUGCCCACCAUCAUCUCAGAGAUGGGCACUUGGAAUGACGCGACUUCCAACGGCCUCUCCGCGCCGCCCUACCUGCUGUGUUUCUUCUACAUCAUCCUGGUGGCCUUCUUGUCCGACCACUUCAGAAUGCGUGGUCCAUUCUGCGGACUGUCGGCCAUGAUCGCGGCGAUCGGCUUCAUCAUCAACGCAAGCAGCACCACUUCGGGCGUGCGAUACUUUUCCACCUUUUUGUCCGUUCAAAUCUUCGCUUCUGUCGCACUACUAUUGGCAUGGACGGCGAACAUUCAUGCCACGGAGAGCAAGCGUGCGGGCGGUUACACGGUGCUUGCGACCAUUGGGCAAUGUGGACCUCUUUUGGGCACGAAUGUAUUCCCACCUUCCGAAGGACCGCAUUACAUCAAAGGACUGUGGAUAUCGGCUGCGUUCUGCCUGUUGGUGGCUGUGCUGAGUCUCGUACUCUCUCUUUGGCUGAUUUACGAGAACAAGAAGAUGGACAGGGAGGGCGUGCCGGAGGUGCAGGAGUUUGAGGAUACGAGCAUUGCAAGGGCAAGCGGGACACACGAGAAACACCGUUAUAUUUGGUGA